AUGGAUCAGAGUAUCUAUGGUGAGAUCAAGGGGUGGAAUGACUGGACUUCUUCAACGUGGACUACUUCGACACCGAGCACAACCUCGACGAGCUCUAGCAAGGGGUGGAAUGACUGGACUUCGUCGUCAACCACCAGCUAUAGCACUAGCUCAACCAGCUCUACCAAAGGAUGGAACGAUUGGACCUCGUCUUCGACCACCACAACUACGCCUUACACCAGCCCGACGACUUCUAGCACAGGUUGGAAUGACUGGACCAGCACUUAUUCCACUAGCCUAAGCACGACUACAACCUCGAGCAAAGGCUGGAACGACUGGACAUCGUCAUCUUAUUCUUCCUCAACAACCACCCCUUACACUAGCUCAACUACUUCUAAGGGCUGGAACGAUUGGACUUCUUCCUCUGUCGUGCCGACCUCUUCCUCUCAAUCCUGGGGUGAAUGGUCCAGCGCGCCUGCUUCGCCUGUGAAGCCGACCACUACCUGGGCUCCCGCUCCCGCUCCGUCUUCUUCUUCGGGAUGGAACGACUGGCAAUCUAGCUCCGCUCCGGCUCCUGCCCCGGCGCCACAACAUUCUUCAUCUGCCGGAUGGAAUGACUGGCAGUCUUCGAGCAGCUGCACUCCCAGCACAACCACGGCCACCGUGUACGUCACUCAGACGGCGCUCGCCUCUACUGUGUACGUCACGCCGUCAGCCUCUACUGUCUAUGUCACUCAGACGGCUCCUGCCUCUACUGUGUACGUCACCGAGACCACUACCGCCACGGUGACAAGCUGCUCUGCUACCGGCACCUCGUGGGCCGGAUGGCAAGACUGGCACAGCAAGAGCGUCUACCCGAGCUCGGCCCCAAGCGGGUGGAAAAACUAG